GAAGCGUUAGGUUAGAUAUUGUUUUUGAACAAGUUUACUUUUUUAGUUCAUUAUUCCUUCGGGUUAAUGCGCUCCUUUUUUAUUUAUUUUUUAUUUAUUUCUACAUUUUUUUUGGUUCCUAUUCGAAUGCUUAGUUCACUAGAUUCGUUUUCUGCUCGGUCUUCUCUUUAUUGGGGCGGGGUUGUCUAUCGGUGGAUGAUAUUUGUCUAAUUCUGCAAAGAUAUGUAGUUUUUAAAAGUAUAUUAUUCGGUUAGACUGGAUAUAUUGAAUUCAAAUCAUGAAAUUUGGCCAUUAAACGAAGGGUGCAUGCAAUAUCGAAGAUAUUAGAUUGAUAGAUAAGGAUUUCACCUCUGAGUCACCGAUUACAGGUCUAUCGUAGCUUGUACACGAGAUGCUUGAUUAGAAGGUAAUGGGGAAUGGACCUCCAACAAUUGAAUUUGAAGAUGGGACAGUUGAUGUUGAACAUCUGCUUGUAGAACCCCAAGAUGGGCAUGUCUCAGUGGAUAGUGUCAUGUGUUUUAAUGAGAAGAUCUCAGAGAAAGCUAUCGACAUCCGAGAGGUUUCCCGCACUUUUGGUGUGACGAGUGCUGGUACUGCUCAUGAAGGGGGAGAUAUUCUCAAUAGAGAUGUACUUGAUUUGCACACUGAAGAUGACAGUGGCUAUUUUAGAUUGCAAAAUGAUUUCUGUAGCAUGGGAGAAGAGUAUCUUCUAGAAAACUGCUGUAUUGGGUAUGCAGGUGUUGGAUUUGCUGAAAGCAUUACAGAUCUGGAAUAUGUUUCAAGCGAAUGCUUGCAGACUUCAGUUUCAGACAGUCCAGUUCUUACAUGUGCUGGUAUUGACUCUCCGUGGAAAUCAGAUAUAUUCAGAAUAAUGGAAGUGCCAGAAUGCCAAAAUGAAGUAGUUGAUCUCAAGAAUUCUGAAUUUGGUGAAAUCCCUAGGCCUCAACAUGAGUCUGAAAAUUUAACUGAGAAAAAGCCUCUGAAAUCACCAAAAGAGAAUAUUGGCAAGGUCCAUGACAUUUCCAGGCACUCUUUUGAUGAUUUACCAUCUGAUGAGAAUGCUACAAGCCUUCCCCAACCAGUGAAGAUGUUUUCUGGUCCAAAGAAUGAGAAAAGUGAUGAAUAUGUGCAGACAGGCCAAAGCAGUGAGUCCAACAGAGUUCAUAGGCAGGAUGAAUCCAUAACUUUGUUGUCUGCGGAAAGCCCAUCUGAUGCCCUUCCUGUGCUAAAGAGAUCUCGUAAGCCCACAAAGAGGUACAUCGACGAAGUUGUAGAUCCUAUUUCACGACAUUCAAAAAGAAGGCGGGAAGUUUCUUCUUCAGCCUUUAGGGAGAAAUCUGUAGGAGUUAAAGAUAAUAAGAAAUGUCACAUGGGAUCUAAAGCCAUCAAAUUACCUGCUGAAGAAUCUGCUGUUAAAGCUAUUCAAGUGCCCUUUGGCUCGCUUGUGCGUAAAGAAUGCCCAGAGAGUCCUGCAUAUAAUUUGGCGCGCAGUUCAGAUAGAAGAAUUUUGAUGAAUAAGCCAAAAGAUUACUGCGUUGCUUCAGAGAAUCAAAAGAAAAGGGAUGAAUGUACCCCAGUUGUUCAUCAAAUCAAAUGGACUGAUGGUAUCCCAGCAGCGAGUCAGAAGAAGAAGGAUGACAAUGUUAGUGGAGCCCAUUCAAUGAAAAAGGAUCAAUAUAUCACAAAUAUUCAUUCAACAAAGAGGAAUGACAGUGUCACGGCUGCAAGUCAGAAGAAAAAAGAGAAAGAUGUAAAUGGAGCGCAUUUAGUGAAAAGUGAUGACCGUCUCACAGCACCAAGUCAGAAAACAAGGGAACAAACAGGGAGCCCAAAAAAGAAGGAUGAGUGUACAACAGCAAUAUGUCAAAGGAAAAGAGAGGACCCUCCUACUGUGGAGAGCCCUGAAGAAGUUAGUGGCCGGAGGAAGCAUCAUAGGCUUUGGACUAUUGCGGAGGUUAAAAAAUUAAUUGAUGGUGUCGCUGAGUAUGGCGUUGGAAGAUGGAGUCGAAUAAAAAAGAUUUACUUUCCUGCGUCUGCCCAUCGAACCUCUGUAGAUCUCAAGGACAAAUGGCGAAAUCUCUUGAAAGCAAGUGGUUUGCAGGGACAACACAAUGAGCAGGGGGAGAAGAAGCGCAACGUGGCAUGGCGGCCUCUGCCCAAGUCCAUCUUGCGGCGUGUUUGUGAACUGGCGGCUAUGCACCCUUAUCCCAAGGGCGGGAAACCGAAGAUGGCACAUAUUCGUCAUGUUUCUCCGGAUAAAAGUACAGAUAUUACAUUGAGUGACUAUAGAAGGAUCCUACGAAGUAUUAACGGCAGUUGAUUCUUCUGUUUGUAAUUGUACCCAUCAAUACAGAUAGGCUACGCCAUUUCCUAAACUCACAGUUCCUUCAGACUCAUCUUUAAACGGUGUCAGCGUUGCGGCGUUAUGGUAUUAUCAUUUGUUAAUUUGUUGGUA